AACCUGACCUUGAAGAUAGCAUACAUCAAACAAUGUUUUAUACAUUGAGUGGUGGAAGAUCAACAACUCAUUGCUAUGUUAUUAAGGUAGCUUCGAGAGGAGUAUUUCAGGUGUAUGUUGGACAGAUAGAUUGGCCAGUUGAAAUGCAUCAAAUGAUGAUGAUUUGUGGAAGUAAUAUUACAAGGGAGCUAGGAUUUAAUCACCAAAAUCACUCUAAACCUAUAACAGCAAAGUAUGCUCACCUUGGAGAUAUUUCCCUUUCUGAUGAUGAUUGUCCUGUUGUAUCAUUAUUUCUGAAAACUGUUGAGAUUUUAUCUAAAUCAGAAAGACACACCUUUCUUCCUAUCACUGAUGAUAUGAUUGAAAUUAUUGAGAUGAGGAAGAGUACCCGGAAACAUAUUUCAGGUUGUGUAUUUGAUGAUUUAAAUAUCUGUAAUGAAAAAUUUGACCAGUGUUCUUCAAGAGAAGAUACCCCAGAAGAUGAUUCAACAGAUUAGUUGAAACAUAUAGGUACAAAUGUAUAACAAAGUAUCAUUUAACCUCCAUAUUGAAAAUAUAAACCUUUUAUAAAUCCAUUUUUUCAUUUUGGGUUAUACACGGUUGGGGUAAUGGUGGAUGGCUCCAUGAUCAUGAUGAUAUUCUGUGCAAUAACUUAUGAAUCAUUUAAACCUUUGAAAAUUUGAUAUGUUGUUACUACAGAUGUCAAAAUGGAGAUCAAGUUUGAUAUUGACUAUUUUCAUAAACAACCCAAAAUAAAAAUAAUCUUGUUCCUGUUGGAAAACUCCACUUCUCUGCAAAUGGAUUGAUUUAGGGUUGAAUGAGCAAGCAGCUUCUGUUGUUUCAAUAUUAUAACUUAUGAACCGUGAAAUCAAGGCUUUUAAAACUUAUUUGUUGCAACUGAUGACCAAAUAGAGGUCAAAUUUCAUAUUGAUGAGUUUAACUCUUGAACUUCAGGAAUUAUUGUCCUUGAUUGACAAAGAUUUGAUGGAAAAUGUGGCAUUUGUGUCAUUUCCAUGCAAUAACUUAUUUACCAUUUAUCAGACCAAUUCUUUUCAAAUUUAAAAUUUUGUUACUGAUGCUGAAAGUGAAUUUAAUUAUCACACCUCUAAUUAAGUACCACAAUGGUUACCUUCACAAUACAGGCCUUGCUGUCAACAAAAUUUCGAGUACCAUUAUUGUACUCAGACUCGAAAUUUAACCAGU